GUUCAUGUUAAACAUGUGACCAGGAAAGAAACACUAAAACUCAUCUGAACACACAUCAAGAGCUUCAGAAGAACUGAAUCUACUAACAACAGAGAAGAUCACUGAAGAAGAGAGAAGAAUGAAGAUCAUCUGGACUUUCACUCUGCUGAUGAUUCCUGGUGUGUUGAGCUCCAUCAGUGUGACAGGAUAUUCAGGAGGAGGAGUCAGCAUCACAUGCAGAUAUGAUAGAGGAUAUACAGACAAAUACAAGUAUUUUUGUAGAGGACGGUGGUCAAAUUGCACAGACCAAAUCAGGACUAAUACUAAAAAUAAACAGGUUGAUUCUGGAAGAUUCUCUCUGUAUGAUGACACAGGGGCAGCAGUUUUCACGGUGACCAUCAGAGAUCUGAGAGAACAGGAUUCUGACAUUUAUUACUGUGGGACUGAUAUUUAUGCAAAAGUAGAUUCCUGCACUGAAGUGAAGCUGAAAGUUGUAACAGCAGCUGAUUGUUGUGAGAAGAGCAUCAGUCUCUCAGCUGCUGCAGGAGGAUCUGUGAACAUCAGCUGCAGAUACCCACAAUCCCACAGUGCUGAUGUGAAGUUUGUCUGCAGGAGAUCUGGAUCUGAUCUCUGUGCUGAAGAGACGUCUGUGAAGGAGAGCAGAAGAUGGAGCGCUGAGGGACAGAUGCAGCUGUAUGAUGACAGAGAGCAGCAGCUCCUGACGGGAAUCAUCAGUCAUGUGACUCAACAACAUUCAGCUGAAUACUGGUGUGGAGUUCAGUCUGAUCAAGGACACAAGAGCUUCAUCACACGAGUCCUCAUCAGUGUUACAGAUAUUCCAAAAACAACUUCACCACCAUCAUCAUCAUCUUCACCAUCAUCAUCUUCGUUGUCAUCUUCAUCAUCAUCAUCAUCGGUCGAAUCUCCUCUGCAGAAAAUGUGUAUCAGAAACUGAUUUAGUUUAAAGGAGUCUGAGAUGUUCAGUAUUCAGUGUCUGAAAUAAACACUGAUCAUCAAAUGACACUCAUACUGUGUGAACAGAUCAUAUUUAGCAAAUGGACAUUAACUGUAACAUCAGAGGAAAACCGUUUCAUCGAUGAGUCUCUGUUUCUUCUGAUAUGUAAACAAUUUUUUUUUCUUGCUUUCCACAGUUUAAGGCUUUAGACAAGAAUGUGUGUUUUAUUGUAAAUUUGCUUUGAAACAGCACUGAGUGUGAAAAGUUAUAUGCAAAUAAAAAUAACU